AUGCCAGACGAAAAGAUCUCGCUGGAGGCAGCCACACGGCGCUACAAGCAGCACAUCUCGAGCUUCACUGCUUUUCGCUGUGCAGUUGUAUACAACAUUUUGCAUUAUUUCAUUGUUAUUGCCAACAAGGUCCUUGCUAUCAAAGAGAGAUUUGUUGCGUCUGCACAUCCACCGACACUUGUUAAAAAAUAUGCUUGCCGACCAAAGCUUCCCAUAAGGAUCUUCUACCCAAAAGACUUCAACUCAAACUCUCAAAAGAAACUCCCUACCAUCCUCAGCAUUCAUGGCGGUGGUUUUGUCGUGGGCGAUCCUCGCGACGAUGAUCUGUUCAACUAUAACUUUGCAAACAUGCACUCCGUUCUGGUCGUUGCACUCAACUACACAAAAGCCCCCCGUGCUCGUUUCCCAACGCCCAUCUAUGAUCUGGAACAACUCGUCUUCGCAGUUCUGUCUGACUCUUCUCUACCUAUCGACAAGGAUCGCGUUGCUUUGAUGGGCUUUUCUGCUGGUGGAAACCUGGCCCUCUCUGUAUCUAUACUUCCCAGUAUGUGUGGCAGUGGAGAUGGUGUCAGGCGGAUCAAGACUGUGAUCCCUGUUUAUCCUGUGGUUGACGUGUCAGUCACAGACGAGUGGAAAACGCAGACGAGACAGUAUAAACCAUCGAUUGGAGGCUUCCGCGCGAAUUCUGUUGACUAUCUCUCUCGCUUUUCUUCAUUCUUUGACGCGGCCUAUACGCUGGGUGGACAAGACUUUCAAGAUCCUCUUCUCAGCCCCAUCUACGCCUCCAAGGAACAAUUGCCACCAAACAUUUUUAUGAUUGCCGAUGAGCUUGACAUGCUCGCUAAUGAAUCCUGGAGGAUGAUCUGCGGUCUGUCGGGGCGCCAAAUCGAGGAGCAGACUGUCGGUCGCAGUCGUGUUGGUCCUCCUGGGAAGCUCAUCCUUGAUGACGAAAAGUUCUCGUUUGGAGUGAAGAACCAUGAUGUAAACUACAGAUGGUUAUUGAUUCCGGAUCAGAUUCACGGGUACGACCACUACGAUUCAAUGGAGAUGUUACAUGGAGAUAAGGAGCUGUCUAAAGACGCGGAGUUGAAGACCAAGGAGGCCCAAAGGUUGAUUGGAGAGUGGCUUUUCGAGGGGCCAUUUGCAUAG